AUGCACAGCAACAAUGCUGAUAGAAAAGCCAUAGGAGCACAUCACCUGCUUGAGCAGGUUCCUCUAACCGUAUCGCCCUUCGUCUCUCUCCCCACUGCCACCACACUCUCGUACAACUACAAGACGAUGCCUUCCAACAUUCCUCCCUCACCAUUGGGUAUCCCUAAUGCGUCAGACGACCCUUCUUCACAGCCGAAACCAAAAUACGUGGUAUCGAAUUCCGGGCAUGCCGCGCAUCCCGACGACAUCAUUGCAUCUUGCCGUGCAUUAACGGCACACAUUACGAAAAUGCAGGAGGAUGCAGAAAGGGACCUGAGGGAGCUGGAGGAGCGCAUAAGAGAGAGAGAACUUGCCGAGAAGAGGCGGCUGGCACCGGGAUGGCUGGACAGUGACGCUCGGCUGCUGGAGCCCGAGAGAACCGGGGCAGCUCCUCACAUGGAGCCGAGUCCGCCGACUUCCCUCGGACAGAGCGACCAAGGCGGUAGUGGGGAUAUUUCCAGCGACGAAGGCGCCCAGUUGGAUCGAGCUUUUGGUGAUAUGGCAUUGAGAUAG